ACGGUCGCUCUUUCCUCCCGCCUAAUACGACGCAUACAUGCAGCGAAAGGACUCGUAUCUCCGCCGUCCUUUGAGUUCUCCCUCGAGUUGACUUCACGCAUUCUUCCAUUGCGUAUCUUUUACCUCUUAUCAAAGCUUCUUCGAAGGGUCGUCUUUCGCGAGAUCACUCUCGAUCAUCCAGCUUGCCCGUCAUCACCCGGAACCUCAGGUCAAUGACCCAACGCUACACUCCUCACAUGCUGGAGAAUUGGUUAUCUCUUCCUGAGAUCAUAUGGAUCGAUAGUACAACGCAUACAGUCUACCCAUCGCGACAAGGUCGGUGCCGGACGAAGUACCGCUACCGCGGCGGCCGCCACCCUGAUCACAAGCUAUCCCGUGAACGUCGCGGUCGUCCGUUUGAAAGGGAAUGUUACGCGCAUGUCUUCUCCGCUCUCUCUGUUGUGACAACACCUGAUCAAUCUUGCGAACCCAGAAUUAUAACUUCUUGGAAUUUCAACAGGCUCCGGUGUCCCGGUCUUGUCGAUGGGAUUCGUCACUCAGGAACUGUGUUCCGACCAUCAACUCGACACUCGUAACGCUCACGGACAUUUCGGUGAGUCAUAGACGCCGCAUGAACGCAGUGAUCUCUACCAGAAUGAAGGUACGCCAAGGUCGACGGGCUCUCAUUCGCUGAGCUUAGCUGCUGCGCGGAUAGAGCUCGCGCCGGUCCGACGAAACGUCUCGUGGACUUGGUCUUCCAUGCGAAUGACUUAUGAUUCGUCUUUACUGUCCGUGUUCCCCGCACAUGGAUUGCGACUCGACACACCAGUUUGCUGCUCAAUCGCGCCCACGUAGGCCAUCGUUGCGCCAAUCCUUUGGCUUCCAACUCGAGCUCGCGAUCAAGUCAUCGUCAUCUCGGGGCUAAAGCCGUUAACCUCCGACGCAUCGCAACUUCAUACAUUCAUGGGAUCAGGUUACUCACUAUCCUUGCCAAUCGCAAUGGCGCAACGUGAGCUCUCAUCACAGACCGAAUUUAUGGAACGGGACUCAGCUCCGGUUCGCUUCAAUGCUAAACCUUUCAAUGCUCCAAUCACACGUCCAACCUUCGCAUGAUUCGGACUCGUGUUUUGACAAUGAAAACUUUGGUCUUUAAGGUUCUCACCUAUGCUGUACAAAUGACUACCUCUGGUCCUUGGCACUGGUGCUGAAGACCUUGCUUGCGGUACUAAAGCGGAUGUUGAACCAGCUACAGGCUGCCGGAUACCUAUGUCUCGUCUAGUCACAUCAAUCUCUGUCAUUGGCCUAUAUCCGACGAGGCACCGAUCGCGAGGACAUCGCUCUUUGCAUGCACCUCAGGAAAGGCCAGCUGCGCUGGGAAUGACCUGAUACUGGAUAUACAAUCAAGACGCGCCCAUCUCGCAUCGCAACCCACGGCAUAUGCCUCAAAGGAUAUCGUGGACGCCACCGAGCUAAGCUACGCGCACCCCUCCCACAGGCGAACGCAUGGACCAGUUCAAUAAGAUGUCUCCAUCUGAGCCUCGCGAGUGUAGGUGCGGCGCCAGCGCAUCGAUCCCGGGUGGAUCUUACGGCAUCACUACAAGGCUCCGGGUUCCCCGGACUUCCAAUUGACUUCUCAUUAUUGGGUGCGAUAGACGCUGGCCAACAAGUUAUAGAUACCGCUUUUGACAUGCAAAUACCCAAAGCAACAGUGCCACUGUAAUGCACGUCAUGGCUGGCCGUUGCCGGCGACUUGAUCGCCUUUGGCUUUUUCCGCCAACCGAAAACAGGCUCUCCAUUUAACUUUGCGUCGGCCUCGUGUUACGUCGGGCGGUGGGCGCAGGACUCGAGGCUAUAUAGUACAAACGACGCUAAACAACAGCCUACCGCCACCUCAAAAACUCUAUGUUUGGAAGCGCAUGCUUGUCGGCUCUUGUCUAUUGAGAUGAGGCGACGAUCGCGUCGCGAGCUAGGUUUGAGCUACUUUGCAGAGCCUUCGUUCAUUCCUCGGCGACAUGAGCGUUUGGGCAUAUCUUCCCACUUCAACAUACAGUAAAACACAACCCGAGCCGCAAUGUCCCGGAUUCUUAUACUUCGCAUGAGAGCGAUCCUUGAUAUGAGGCACUUUCAGGACCCGUUAUUUUUCCCAGCGUGGUCGUACUACGAGAAGUGACGUCGUGUUUUCCGAUGGCUGCGGAAAGCUUAUACGUCAUGCUAAGGCGUCUGAGCCUUAUCGCCAGUUCCUGUGUGGUUUAUCAGAUAAUGCAUGGGGUACAAAACUGAAAGCACGCAAUCCCGCUAACCUCGUUUAUUUUCGCAUAGCCUUACCCAGGGAAGUCAUUCUCGCCGGAUCGGCGUCCAAGUAUCUAGCUUUGGGAACCUUCGUCGAGUUGGCCCCGCUGUCGUCCACCUAAUGGGGAUUAUGUCUCCAGGCACUCUACAUCUGGACCGGAAGCAAAACGUCAAGGUGGGCCAUGAUCGACCAUCUAUCCGCUUCCGGACAUGCCAUCGACACCUAUGGCGUCUGUUUCUUUUGGAACCAAGAAUAGACACUCGUGCGCGAUCCCGAGACCCAAGGGAAACCUGCCACGAUUCUUUAUCCCGUAGGAUCGUGCAUAGCAUGGGCAGUCGUGAUCCUAUCCACAUAAGCAGGACAUACGAAAAGUCAUGUCUUGAACUGCCUCAUUAUCUCUUUGUUUCGGAAAGCUCACCUGACUUUGGCGUCGAACGGUGGAUCCCUGUCUUCAGAUCAAAGUGAUGACUUACACCCAGUUGGCUUAGAAGGGAGGCCAGAACCUUGACUGUCUGGAAGCUACGCGCAACACUCGAGCAGUAGCUGGGUUUUUAAAUUCUCGCUGCGCUGACUUGGUUUCUACACCUGACCUGCUUCUGCAAGUUUCUGCACAGAUCGCGAUGCCUCGCAAACCUCGUUUUCGAUUGGGAAAGACUCCUCACUCUGCUAGUCUCCAACUUGGACAAAAUACAAUGCGUGUUAGUUACCUCAGACUACCUCAAAGUCGCCAUCUUGUGGGUGUCGAUCCGUAGCUCCAUGAAUGGUCGUUGCUAGGAAUCCCGGAAGAGCUGGACU